CUCCAUUCCAAUAGAGAGAAAGAAGGAAGGGAGAGGGAGAGAGAGAGAGAGAGAGAGGAGGGAAACGAAGCAGGGGAGAGGGUGAAAGUGAAACCCGAGAAUUUGGCGAAUCAACACAAAAGAUUCGAUUGCUGUAAAUUGGCGAGAGUCCCCUCCUAAAGAAGAGGCUCGGGCACAGGUCAGCAGCCCAAGAACAGAUAGAUUUACAUGGAAACGUCAGAACACAUAUAGGAGGCCUGCCUCUCUCUCUCUCUCUCUCUCUUGGCGAGAGACGACAAGUCAUAGCAAACAAGGAAAGGAGGUGGUGGAAAAAAGAAAAGGAAAAGAAAUGAAAGUAGGUGAAAUCAAAGUUAUUGAGGGGGUGUUUUCCUUUUGACAUCGAAGCAUAAAACCAGAAGAGAGAACAAUCGACUCUUCUCUCUCUCUCUCUCUCUCGAGCUUUCUGUACGGGCAUACGUGAGAGCGUGAAUUGGGUGGUGAUUUAUGUUCAUCUUUUCGUCUCCCUCGGAGUUAAAAAAAUAUUUCAUUGAAGAGUCCGCCUCCCGGCACGCAUAGCAUUAGGGGGGCAUCUUUUCUUUCUCCUCCCAUCUGCAUCCUUUCCUCCUCUUCCUCCUCCUAUUCAUGCUUCUUAUGCCUUAGCCUUUAUUGCUUCACAUUGUUUGCCGCACCCCCCCUCAUCUUUUGCCUCUCCUUAUUGGCCCUCUCUCUCUCUCUCUCUCUCUCUCUCCUCCCUGCCUCUCAUACAAAUUACAAACGCCACCCACCAAAUCAAAUCAAGCCCACUCCCCAAUCUCUCUUGCCCCCCUCCCCCCAAAGGACCCGUCUAUUUCCCUCUGAGAGACUCUGCCAUGGCCGUUCAAGCUCAAUACCCUUCUAAUAUCCUCCUCCUCAACAGUUCCUCUCCUCUGUUAUUUUCGUGACGAUGAACAGGAACGCGCCGGAGGUGAACGAUUGCUCCUUGCAGCCUCAGCCAGGCGGAGGAUUCCUAGACCAACCCCACAUGUUAUUCGCCGCCGGAGCGACGAGCGCUAACCAGAGGAAGAGGGGGAGAUCGGAAGUGGCGUCCAGUAAUUUCGCACCCAUGAACGCCAACAGCCAUCUGUAUUCGUUGCAGCCUCAGCCUCCGCAGCUCAUCGACCUCACUCAGCUCCACAACCACGGCAACAACAACAACCACCACCACCAACACCACCACCAAUCCAACCUCGUCUCCACUGGUCUCCAUUUAUCGUUCGGCGAACACCAUCAUCAUAAUCAUCAUAAUCAUCAUCAUCAUCAACAGCAGCAGCAGCAGCAGCAGCAGCAGCAGCAAAAUCAUCUCGUUUCGAAUUCAUCCGCCAGCUUGUCCCUGUUGUCUGAAGAUUUUGCCGCUCAAUUCAAGCAACAGAGGGAUGAAAUAGACCAAUUCCUCCAUGCCCAGGGAGAGCAGUUGCGGCGCACAUUAGCCGAUAAGAGGCAGAGGCACUACCUUGCGCUGCUCGGCGUUGCGGAGGAGUCGGUGGCGCGGAAGCUGCGCGAGAAGGACGCCGAGAUGGAGAAGGCCACGCGCCGGUACGCCGAGCUCGAGGCACGCGCGGCCCAGCUCAGCGUGGAGGCCCAGGUCUGGCAGGCCAAGGCCCGGGCCCAGGAGGCCGCCGCGGCAUCGAUGCAGGCCCAGCUGCAGCAGCUCGUAAUGAGCGGGCAGGACCGGAGGGCCGGGGUGGCGGCGGCGGAUGAUGGGGGCGGGCCGGGGUCCGCCGCGGAGGGCCAGGUGGCGGAGGACGCGGAGUCGGCUUACGUCGACCCCGACCGGGUCGUGGCGUCGGGGCCGAGCUGCAAGGCGUGCAGGAGCCGGGCGGCGUCGGUGGUGCUGCUGCCGUGCCGGCACUUGUGCGUGUGCACGGAGUGCGACUCGGUGGUCCAGGCUUGCCCGGUGUGCUUCGCGGCGAGGAAUUCGAGCGUGGAGAUCUACCUUUCCUGAGGCCCCAACCCAAGACCCGAGCCCAAUGCGGGAGGCCCAGGCCCAUCCGAGACAAGGUCAGAGCGCCCCCAAAAUAGAGCGGAAAAAGAAAAUGAAAGAAAGAGAAAUAUUAUUAUGGCAAAUAAUAAAAAUUCCAGACUAUCAACCUCGGCCUCCCGUUCGAAAAUAUAAAUUCUCCCUCCUUUUUUUAUUUUUAUUUUUUUAAUUUGGAGGGGACUCCCAUUUGGAGCGAAAUAUGUGUUCCCGAGCCUUUUUUCUGUACAUGGGGGCCACGGAGUUGCGUGGCAUUUUCUUAUUUUUCUUCUUCUUUUGCCCCCCUCUUCCUUUUUUGGGAAAAAAAAUUGAAAUUACAUAAAUUCUUUUAUUCUAUGAACAGUUCCUUUUGUCA